AUGCCAUUGGACGAGCUGACAAAGAAAAGAAGAACACGCGCAGCGCACAGAGGUUCAGCAACGAAGAUAGGGACGAAGAUAAAAGAAUGUUUAGCGAAUACGAGUGAAACGCCUCAAACGGACAAGGAUGUGCUGAAACAGCUGAGAGACACGCUGAGCGAGAAACUCGAAGCCUUGAAACUUUUAGAUAACGAGAUUGUCGAGGUACUAAGUAAUAGCGAAGCCGAAGACGCAGAACAACAGCUGGAAAAAGAAAUUCAGGAGACAGAUGAUACGCGAGCUGAAUUACAAAAAAUCAUUCUCGACGUGAAUGACGCAUUGUUCGAAGCCUUGCCGUCACUACCACAAGGUCAAAGUACACCAUCGAAUCUGAGUAUGAACGCUACACCAAAACAGACUGUUCGCGCAAGGCUCCCAAAGUUAGAGGUGAAAAGAUUUAAUAGGAAAAUUCAAGAGUGGCAAGAAUUUUGGGACUCUUUUGAUAGCUCGGUCAACCAGAAUGACGCUUUAUCCGAUGUAGAUAAAUUCGCGUAUUUGAAAGGUCUACUGGUUGGUCCCGCGCAGACAACUAUCGCAGGGUUCACGUUGACAGCAACGAACUAUAAAGAAGCAUUAGAACUCCUGAAGACACGAUAUGGGAAGAAAAUGCAUGGCGAUACAGAGAGCCCAUAUUCAAGCGUUGAUGAACAUAAAACCAGUAUACAACGAGCGAGAUGUGCGUCGACUACGGGAAUUGUACCAUGCCUGUGA